AUGGCCGACGACGAGCUGUUCACCAGGGCCAUUUCUAGCUACCGGGAUGUCUUUUUGGAUCAGUACUCCCAUCUUCCGGAAUUAGAACGAAAUCAGCUUUGGAGUCAGCGAUUAAGUCAGUUCAUCCCCGACACCGUAUCUUCUUCUUCCUCCACCACCAUCCCCACGAACUCCGCCUACCGCCCCGUGCCCGGCUCCGGUAUCCCUGAUCAGGGCAGCUCCACCGAGAAAUCUGGGAAACGGACACGACAGGACACUCCCCGGUCCCUACCUGGUUCUGGCCUUCCUCCGACAAAACGACGAGUCACCACUCCGGAUCCAUCAGAGAGCGCUCAAAUGAAGCGUGAACUGUCUCAUGCAUCCUCCCCGGCGGCACCGGAAACUACUUGGCAUCUUUCGAGAACUAUGUCUCAGGCGGAUGGCUCAGCUCCUCUCUCCGGUCUCGGAUCCGCCUCUCGACCAAUAGCCAUGGUUCGCUCGCAGAGUCAACAGGUGCCAGUAUCGCAUCAACACCCACUGGCAUCUAUGGCGCAACAUCGACAUUCCUUUGGACCUCAGAGACGGCAACUCCAGAUUGUGAGCGAGUUCACUCCCUCUGAGUACGCCAAGCAAUGUUUGGGUGACUUUCAGGGUCAUAUGAAUCCGUCCGCGCUUUCGAUCGCUUUUUCGGCAGAUUCGGCGCAGGCAGGAUUGCAGCAUAGUGGCUCUUUGCCUGGUCACUUCUCGCAAGGACUCCACGACCUGAUGGGAAGCGUCACUGGUCUUGGAAACGACUGUUUGAUGGAUCCCCCGAUUCCACACGCGCUGGCUGCGGUUGAAAUGAGUCGGAGCACCACCACAGAGUCCCUAUGCGGAAAUUUGGGAAUGAUGCGAUUCGAUUCUUCGGGUCCAAAUCUUACUCCAUAUUCUUCCUUUACUGCCCCUAAUUCUUCCUACACAUCGUCCACCUCACCCGUGAAUAUACCCCUGAGCAACAACCAAGGAUCUGGAAGCCAAAGUCCCUUUCCUUUUGUUGAAUCAUCCUCUCCCCUGUCGUUUUCAUGCUCCGCCCCUUCAACUACCUCAAUGCCCCACCUCUCUCCCUCCCCUGUCACUGAGAUGAAGCACUCAAUGUCUACUGGAAGGAACAGUGCCUCCGUCUCCCCACCAUCGCGGGCCGCACGACGGACUCAGGAACAAAUCGUGCAGGGAGCAAGGCCCAUCGCCCCCAAGUCGGAGUCUCAAAAUAGCUCUUCUCUCAAAAUAACCGAGCCUAAGAUGAUUCGCAUUUCAUCAUCCGACGGGACUUCCAAAGAGGUCGCCGCUAUCCCCAAGGCCUCCAUCCAACGACCUCCUCGCCAAAAGACUUACUGCAACAUGUGCAAUGACCAGCCCGAUGGAUUUCACGGGGAGCACGAACUCCGUCGACAUAUCGAGCGUGUUCACGCCGUGGUUCGCAAAGUUUGGGUUUGCGUGGAUAUUUCCCCAGACAAAAAGUUCUUGCAAAACUGCAAGGCUUGCCGACAAGGAAAGCGUUACGGAGCUAAUUACAAUGCGGCAGCUCACCUUCGUCGCACGCACUUUAAUCCAUGCCAACGCGGUCGUGGUGGACGUGGCAAGGACAGCGAGAAAAGAGGAGGUAAAGGAGGCGGUACUCACCCUCCUAUGGAUGUGCUGAAACACUGGAUGGUUCAGAAGGAGGAAUUUGUCUUCGAGAACGCUAAGAACCUGACUAUUGACCAAGAUCUCCUAGUUGACGAGCCGGCCUCAGCGCCGAUCAACUCGGCAGACGAUUCUUCGUUUUCCGAGGCAGCAGUGACUGCUGAGAAUCCUUCACAAGGGAUGGAAUCGACUCGCGCGAGCGGUUACGAUGCGUUUGGCGCAUUUCCGACGUUGAGUAUGGAUUCGUCCUUUGCCAACCCCUGCUACUUUGAUUCCCAGCCUCUGGUGCCGGAGAUCGGUUCUCAAUCAGUACGCGAGACAAAGUCUCCUGAAUAUAUUGAUUUGGUGAACGUUGUGCUGGAAAGCCAUGUCAGUCCCGUUUACGGCCCUACCAAAGGGACCCAACCAGCCCUGUCGGUUCUGGCUUUGGCGGGAAAUUCUCCUAAGCCAGCAAGUGAAGGGGCGGCAAAGCGUACUAUUUUUGUUGUUGCUAAGUGUUCAGGAAACCUGACAAGAACGCAGGCGCUUCUCACUCCGUCAGAUCUCUUCGUUUCGCGCACAAUCAUGAGCGCCCAGCAGUACUACAGCGGACCUCCUCCCCCUCCUCAGGCGUAA